AUGGUACGAACAAGGCUGUUUCAGAGAUGUGCGAGCGCUAAUAUCGAAAUAGAGAACGGGCUUCUGGGUGUGUGCAGUAUGCAUCUAAGAGCACCUCAUAAGCGUAUCGUUGGAAUCGGUUCGUGCACCGCGCGGGUAACAGGGACGUCAUGGGGAGCUUUGUAUUACAACGAAGAGCAAGAUCUGGCAAAGAAAAAGUUCAAGCUGUAUUGCGUGAUCGAGCAGGAGUCGCUGCGAAUCGACUUUGUGGAGCUCCCGGUGACGGGUGAUGACGACCAUGGCCCGCCGUGGAAGGACCCGCUCCCCGAGGAUCCCGAGUACGAGUUCCCCGUGCUUGUGUUCCAGGGCUCACGUCCGGGAAGCCUAGACAACGAUCUCCAGCCCUUCGCGGGCGUGAUGGUCCUCGAGGAAGUAGACGAAGUUGCGUAA